AUGGAAUUAAUGACAAGCUACAGACUUGAAUUUCGAAACAAAAACUACCAAAAAGGAUUAGAUGUAGAAGAAUUCUUAACUCUCCGCCCAAUUGUUAUAGCAAAAAAUUUUAAAGAGAUUUAAAAAAAAAAUAAAUAAAUAAUUUUUUUUGCGAAAUUGAAAGUAUCCGAUCCGAAAAAUUGGAGUAAAUAACAAUGAAUAGUCCAUAAGAGCUUUUUUUUGGUUAGCUGGCUUGCAGAAUUAAUUGGUAAGCCAGACUACUUGGCAAAACCAAAAAAAUUAUUUGCUUCUCACAAGAUUUUUACCAAAAAAAAGGGAUUUUCCAAUGGUUUUGCUAGCUAAUGGAGGGGGAGAGUAAGGAAAAAAGAUGAUGCAGUUGUAGAACUUAGAAAGCUCAAAAGAAUCGAACAUAUAAACAAAAAACGAAGAGUUUUCGUUGGCGCAAGAGUCGCAGCAAUUGAGCCAACUGAAGAUAGCCUCGAAAACUUCUCUUUUGAGAGUUCUCUAGUUAGUGAAGAACUGAUAAAAUUUGACAAAAGGCUCGUGUCCCCUCAGUUAUCCAUCAGUGAAAGGUUUUUGAUUUUACUCUCACACAUUCACCCAGCUGAAACUCCAAGAAUUCUGCUUGAAGCUCUUACAACACUUCGAAAGAUCCUCUCAGAGUGCAGCUCAACACCUUUUUCUCUGCUCGUCCGCUCAGGGGCCACUAUGAAUCUAAUUAAACUUCUAUCACAAAAUGAUUUGGCAUUAAAAGCAGAAAUCGCAUGGUGCUUAAUAAACAUCACUUCAGGACCAGCUAGCAUCGCAACCAUUUUAAUCAACCAAAAUAUUGUCCCAGCUCUAGCUAAAGCAUUUAAUACAAGUGCUUCUGCUGAUCUAAUUGAAAGUUGUGCAUGGGCAUUAGGAAACCUUGCUGGGAACUCAGCUGAAAUAAAAAAUGAGCUCAUAAAUUAUGGGGUGGCAAAAGCCCUUGUAAAUUAUCUAUUAGAAAAUCCAAAUAUCGCGAUAGGUCACUUGUGUACACUGCUUUGGGUUCUGGGAAACAUAUGUGGGGAGAAAUCAAGCCUACCGACUUCUGCAAUCCAAGAUAUUUUGAGAAUCAUUCCAAGAAUGCUUACAUAUUCUCAAGAGGAAGUCUUAGAAGAGGUUUGCUUUAUCAUUUCAUCGAUAACAAGAGAAGAACCCCACAUUGAUUUGUUUCUUGCCACAAAUGCAAUUCACACAAUUUUUAAGCUGAUAGUCCACCACAACAUAAAUAAAAUUCCCAUGAGGGAGAGAAAAUUGGCAGAGCCAAUUUCUCUCGAACCGAAUGCCAUUUUAUUUAUGGGGUUGGGUUUUUUCUCUUGAGAACUUCUGCACGGCAACAGCCGUUUAACUUUGGGGAUAACCAAAGGCACGGCUCCUCAGUGCACUCAAGAUUUCGGAGUUUUACCUCUCAGCACAUCCCCCACGGGAGGAUGACCCUUAGGCGGAACACAACACGCGCAGGAGCUGAGUCUGGACGAGCGACGGCAACGCGCCGGGUGAGAUGUGCGGCGAUUUAUCUGGCGACUAGCCUCAUAGAAGGCUUGGGUGUGGGCUGACCACAUAUAUUCCAAGAUGGCUUGGUGACGUCACUAGUUGUCGCUUUGACCCUUUUUCAUUAAGGGGUGUGGGCACUAGACACCUUAAAGACUAUGUAAGUAAGUAAGUAAGUAAGUAAGUAAGUAAGUAAGUAAGUAAGUAAGUAAGGGGAUAGUCCACCACAACAAAAAGAUCCAAAAUUCUGCACUAAGAACAGUUGGAAAUAUUGCUGCAGGAAGUGAAGCUCACAGCGCUCUUUUAUUGAGCUUAGAUAUCAUAAAUAAACUCGCACCAUUAUUGGUAAGCAGGAGCCGGGUUGUCAAAAAAGAAGUUUUAUGGAUUUUGAGCAACUUGGCUAUUGGCAGUCAGGAUCAUAAACUGAAAAUUAUAAGCCACCCUUGCAUGAAUAUUGUAUUUAAUACCCUAUCGGAUACUGAUUCUAAUCUCAAAAAUGAGGCCUUGUGGGUUGUGUACAAUUUAUCUUUAUCUGAUUGUACAAAUACUGUGCUUAAGCUUUCAGAAGAGCGUGUGCUGUCUAAGCUGAUUGCUAUUUUAGAUGCCCAGGAAACUAAGCUUCUAAUGAAUGCUAUGAAAUCUAUUGAUAAUAUAUUAACAGCAGGGCUGGAAGCAGUAGAUCAAUCUGAAGCAAAUCCUGUUGCGAUAAGAUUUAGUGAACUUGGAGGAUUAGACGCUUUAGAAAAGCUGCAAGGACACUCAAAUCAGACGAUCUACAACAAAGCUGUGGAGAUAAUAAAAGAUCAUUAUGCUUAUGAGGAAAUCGAAGUACCUUGUGGAGGAAACAUACAGUAUUACAAUUUUUCAUAA